CAUGCCCCGGGGGGAAGGGGGGCUGCAGCAGCCCGGCGAGCCGCCCACCCGCGCAGCGGGGGCAUCGCCCCCACUCGCCGCUCCUGGGAGGGCGGAAAGGAGGCAGCGGCGGCGGCGGCGGCUUUGUGCGCGGCGGGCGGAUCGCAGGCCUCGGCGGCGCGGGGCUCGCCUGCUCCCGCCCCAGCCCCAUGAACCAGCCGGACGGCUCCGCUCCGGCGGCGGCGGCGGCGGCGGCAGCGCAGGCCGAGGAGAGCAACAGCAGCGGGCGGAGGAGCUCUUCCAGCAGGGAGUGUUUGAAGAGGAGAGAAAGCCCGCAGAGCCCAAAAGCCGAGGGCUCCGACUCGGUGACAUCUCAGUCCUCCCCCAGUGAAGAGGCUGGAAUGAUGACUGAGGUGAAAGUGAAGACAGAGGUACCAGAUGACUACAUCGAGGAGGUGAUCUGGCAGGACGACACCAAAGAUUCCAAGAAGAGCAUCAAGGAUGGGCCAGGGGAUGUGCCCGCGGAGAUCUGCGUGGUCAUCGGCGGCGUGCGCAACCAGCAGACGCUCGAUGGAAAAGCAGUGGAACGUGACUCUUCCGUUGGAUAUACACGAAAUCGAUAUUCAGGGACCUGGAUUUUUGACCAUGCAUUGAGAUACACGUCCGGGUCUUACGAGUGUGGAAUAUGUGGGAAGAAAUACAAGUAUUACAACUGUUUCCAGACCCACGUGCGAGCACACAGAGACACCGAAGCUGCCUCAGGGGAAGGAGCCUCACAAGGCAGUGCCCCUCUGGCUGCGGAAAGGGAGAAGAAGCCUCUCUCCAGAGCUGUCUUUGUGCUGCCCUGGGUGGAAUCCACAGAAACAAACAAUUUUAGGUACACGUGUGACAUCUGUGGGAAAAAAUAUAAAUACUAUAGCUGCUUCCAAGAGCACAGAGACCUACAUGCCGUGGAUGUUUUUAGUGUGGAAGGGGCCCCAGAAAACCGGGCAGACCCCUAUGACCAGGCCGUCAUCGCUGCCGAUGAGGUGAAGGAGGAGGAGCCCGAACCCUUCCAGAAGAUUGGGCCAAAAACUGGCAAUUACACCUGUGAGUUCUGUGGCAAGCAGUACAAGUACUACACUCCCUACCAAGAGCACGUGGCUCUGCACGCCCCCAUCAAGUUCUCUCGAUCUCCACUCUUCGUGGCAGUGAAGACACAGACGAACCAGUCCAGCAAAAAGUCCCCGGCGUCCAUAAACCGCUGCUCCAGCCUCCUGCACCGCGCGCCCUCCGGCGUCCCGCCCGCCUCCCAGUCCCAGAUGUUCCGCGCUCCCAAUUCCGCAUCCCCAGGAAGCAAGGCCAUCACAGCAGAAAGUGCUUUCAGCAGAAGAGUGGAAGGCAAAGUGCAAAACAACUUUGAAGAAACAAACAGCAAUUCCCAGAACUCCAGUGCUGGUCAUUCGGGGACAGAAAAACCUAAAGAAAAGAGGUGUAAGCAGAACCUAUCAGAAACCGCAAGUCCCCUGAUUUCAAAUCCUUUCCCGCUUUUAAAAAAGCCUUACACCUGUGGAGCUUGUGGAAUCCAGUUCCAGUUUUAUAACAAUCUCCUGGAGCACAUGCAGUCCCACGCAGCUGACAAUGAGAACAACAUUGCUUCCAGCCAGCAGCCCAGGUCACCUCUCCCCAUGGUUGAAGAAAAGUGGAAACCACAGCUCCAAAGAAAUAAUGCCAACAACACGGCGGCGAGCGGCUCCCUGGGGAACAGCGCGAUCCCGGAGAAGGAGCGGCAGAACAUCGCCGAGAGGCUGCUGCGCGUGAUGUGCACCGACCUGGGCGCGCUCAGCGUGCUCAGCGGCAAGGAGUUCAUCAAGCUGGCGCAGACGCUGGUGGACAGCGGGGCUCGCUACGGUGCCUUCUCUGUCACCGAGAUCCUGGGCAACUUCAACACCCUGGCUCUGAAGCACCUGCCUCGGAUGUACAACCAGGUGAAGGUGAAAGUCACCUGUGCCCUGGGCAGCAACGCCUGCCUCGGCAUCGGGGUCACCUGCCACUCGCAGAGCGUCGGCCCCGACUCCUGCUACAUCCUCACCGCCUACCAGGUGGAAGGCAACCACAUCAAGAGCUACGUCCUGGGCAUUAAGGGCGUAGACAUUCGAGACAAUGGUGAUUUUAUCCACCACUGGGUGCAGAACGUGCUGUCGGAGUUUGUGAUGUCGGAGAUCAGGACGGUGUACGUGACGGACUGCAAGGUCAACUCCUCGGCGUUCUCCAAGGCGGGCAUGUGCCUGCGCUGCUCGGCCUGUGCCUUGAACUCGGUGGUGCAGAGCGUGCUCAACAAGAGAACGCUACAGGCUCGCAACAUGCACGAGGUGAUCGAGCUCCUGAAUGUCUGUGAAGACCUGGCGGGGUCCACGGGCCUCUCAAAGGAGACCUUUGGCUCCCUGGAAGAGACCUCCCCCCCACCCUGCUGGAACUCGGUCACCGACUCCCUGCUGCUCGUCCACGAGCGCUACGAGCAGAUCUGCGAGUUCUACAGCAGGGCCAAGAAGAUGAACCUCAUCCAAAACCUGAACAAACACCUGCUCAGCAACCUGGCAGCCAUCCUGGCGCCGGUGAAACAGGCCGUGAUCGAGCUGAGCAACGAGAGCCGGCCCACGCUGCAGCUGGUGCUGCCCACCUACGUCAAACUGGAGAAACUGUUCACUUCCAAAGCCAAUGAUGCUGGUGUGGUCAGCAAACUCUGUCACCUCUUCUUGGAGGCGCUGAAGGAGAACUUCAAAGUUCACUCGGCACACAAGGUAGCCAUGAUCUUGGACCCUCAGCAGAAGCUGCGGCCCGUCCCGCCCUACCAGCAUGAAGAGAUCAUUGGCAAGGUCUGUGAGCUGAUCAACGAGGUCAAAGAGUCCUGGGCAGAAGAAGCAGAAUUUGAACCUUCAACCAAGAAGCCUCGUGCAGCAGGGGAGGCCACAGCAGCUCAGGAAGAAGAUUGGUUUGGGAAAAGUGAAGUCUAUGAUUAUUUGCAAGAACCUCUCUUCCAGGCCACCCCUGACCUGUUUCAGUACUGGUCGUGUGUUACCCAAAAGCAUACGAAACUAGCCAAGCUGGCCUUUUGGCUCUUAGCAGUGCCUGCUGUGGGUGCCAGGAGCGAAUGUGUAAAUAUGUGUGAGCAGGCGCUCUUGAUCAAAAGGAGGCGGCUACUCAGUCCAGAAGACAUGAACAAACUCAUGUUUUUGAAGUCCAACAUGCUUUAAGACUUUCUUUUAAUUAAAACAAAACUUUAAAACACUGUUCCAAACAAAGAAAAAGAAAUUUAAGUUCUAAACACUGUGGACCUCAUUAUGAAUGCCCCUGGAAACCAAGUGCUUUUUUAUAUAUAUAUAAAAAUAUAAAUAUAUAUAAAAUUAAGUUUGAAAGGAAAGCUGAGCACAGGAGAGAGACAGCCCUCUGCCAGGAAUGUGCUCCUUUCCAUAGAUAGUGUGUGGACUUGACAGACUUUUUAAUGUUUUCAAGUGGGCAGACGAAUGGGAGGCUGAUGUUCUAAAGUCUUCAGGCAGCUGAGAUCUAAAGUGACUUGAAGUUUCUUUUGUUUCUCCUCCACCCCACCUUUCCUCUUGUCCCCUGGGCCAUCUUGCCAUGGAUAAUCAGACUCCAUUGACCAGACCAGUUCUGCACUGGACUUUGCUCCUUUGAAUAACUGUACACCUUGAGGGCACUUGGCUGCAGCCUUCUUGGCAUGGUGUGUGAAUCAGGGCAGCUGUGUUCCAUCAACACCGGUAUAUUUAGAAAUCAGGAAGGGAGGCUUUAAGGUUUUUGAUUCUUAAUUUUAUUUUUAACCUUUCCAUAUCCUUUUUUUCUUUUUUUUUCAAAAGAAAAGUUACUCCUCUGUCUCUAUUCCCAGUCUUGAGUUUAACAUGGCAGCAAGUGAUUUAUAAGUUUGAUUUCAAACUAAGAGAAAUGGCUCAUGGCAGAAACUGUCAGUAGUUGUUACGUUUCUUGGCUUUAUAUUUUUUUACAGCAGAACUUCUUCUGAACUCCCGGUGUUUAUUAUCUUUUCUGUGAAUUUUGUACAUCAGGUGUUCUCAAACUUGUUCUAGAGUAGCCCAUUUGCAAUUAAAUAAUAUUCUUAUGGGAACCACAGCAGUUGUUUAUGUGGCAAAGCCUAGAAACCAGGAAAAGCAAAUGGUGACAGCACAAGUGGCUGUGGGCCACCACUGAGCUUGCCAGGUCUGCCAGAGAACCCUUGUACCUAAAUAUUUUUGUUAAAAAGUGUCUCAAUGACACACAAACCACCCUUCCCAAGGCCAAGGACAAACCAAGGUGUAUGAUUUUUCAGGGGAACAAAGCUCACCAGUUUUGUCAAACUGGGGUUUGAAGGAAGCUUAGAGAAGUGCAUGGGCUCAAAGAUCCUUCUGAAUGUAAGUGCUCCUGAUUGAGUGCAAAGAAUAUCUUCCCCUUUUUGUUUGGAAUGGUUUCCUCUAGUGGCACGAAUGUCUUUUUGAUACCUACAGUGCAUUACACUACUUGUUCUGUUGCUGACCUAUUCUGGCCAGGAAGGCCACGAGCCCUGAAAUGUUCACAUGUAGCUGGCUCACCCCAAAUGCAAUUAGAGAUCCCCAUAACCCCAAAGCAUCUCGGUCACUCUGCUGUCCCCAAGGCCAGAGCUCCUGCAGGCACAGCUCCUGGGCUGCUGGACAGGCUCUGUCAGGUUUGGUGCCUCUUGGACAAUUCCCAACCUCUGCUGCCAAACUCUGCAUUUUUCACUGCUGGGACUUGUCUCCUGGAGGAAAAGAGAAGCAAAUUCUUUCUUCAGCAGUCUCUCCUGCUUCCAGGAGCUCUGGAGCUGUUGUCCCAGUGGUGUGGGAGGGUUGGGAGGAGGGACUGGCCCUGCUGAGAGCCGGCUGGAGCCCUUCAGCAGCACGGGGAGUUUGCUGCUGGCUGGCAAUGCAGGGGGAAACUGGAGACCCUCUCUGCAGUGCUGCUGUUGACCAGAUGUUAAACCAGGAUCCCACCUGCCCAGCUCUGGCUGUAAGAGAAGUCGCAAGUUCCAAGACAUGAGAAAUAGCAAACCCAAUCUCUCAGGCUUUGUGUGCAGAUGCCUUGAACCUCACAGGCACUCCCUGACACCUGCACUGCCACAGGACUCAGGGGCACAGUUUGCACGCUGGACCCUUCCCCAUGCUAGACUCACGAGGACAAACCUUGGCACCAGCUGUCUUGCCCUUUCCAGCCCUUUCAGCCUUUCAUUGCCUUGAGGCUGGUGUUUGGGUUGACCUCUCAGCACUGUUACUGCCAUCAGACCAAAACCAUUGUCUCCUAACCUGUCACACUUUUGCCUAAGGCACACAACCUGCUACGUGAACAGGAGCUGCCAAGGCAGAGCUCUUGGACUCCUGAUUUCCCUGUCAGUGGCUGAUGGAGGGGUUGCUUGUAGGGCCAGCUUUCCUUCUUGCUGGUUUUGUUUUGUCCUGUACAAAUCCUGCUUGCCCAGCCACCAGUGGUAGCACAGAGUUUUCAGGGCAGGAGAAACCUGUGGCAGACAAAAAUGAGCCCUGAGGGACUGAGAUGUGUGCUUGGCCCACUCUGGUACCUGACAGCAGGAAAACUUGGCUGGUGCAUGUCUCCAAACAGGAUUAGCUGUGGGCACAGAGGGUACCACACAGCUCAGCUGAUGGCACAGGGAUCAGGAUUGGCAGCUCCUCCAAAUGACACAUUACACCUUUUUGUGUGGCUCACCUGAGACCCUGAGAGCUCUUUGAUGCUCAGGGAAGCAUGCAAAGCCCUUGCUUUGGAAAGACAGCUCCAGCCCCCAGCCCUCCUUUGCUAAGGGACAUGUAGAUGAUUUCUGUGGAAUUUGUGAACUCGGGCUCCUGCUGUCUCUGCGAGGCAUCUAGGACAGGAAAUGGGCAGGACAGUUAGCACAGCUGUAAAUCCCUGGAACUGAGAAUUGGGCAAACUGCAGGGAUUUGUGCCCAGCAGUGGUGCAGGCUGAGGGCACGCAUGCAGGAAGGCACAGCCACCCCUACCUCCCAUCCCACCUCCCCUUUCCCUUCUCACACUGUGGGUUUGGCACCAGAGCUGGGGUUUUCUUGUGGUGCUGACCAAAGAGAGGGAUGGACUGGCCCUCUCCCCCAUCCCAAAAACUGCCCCUCUGAGGCAAUUUCGGUUGUGGUUGCACUAAUGAUGGGUGUUAAGCAGUGAUGUCGGGCAAAUGAGGUUCUCCCAAAGACUUAAAAACUCAACAGCUGGAAAAGCAAGAGAAAACCUAAAGGCCUAAACCAGAGCAUUCUCAGAGGUGGUGAGGAGAGGGGCUGCUUGGGCAGCCCCUUCUCCAGAGACUCAGUGGAGGAAGGUGCAGCUUUUCCUGACUCUUGCACGUGGUUGCAGGGUGGGCAGCUCAGAGGAGCUGUUUGUGCUGGGCUUGCUCCAGGUUCUCUCUGGGUCACUUAGGCCUCAGUAAAAGCAGAGAAGCACAUCUGUAGCACAUGCAUUUAUCUUAAAUGCCAAGCUUUUCCUCCUCUUCCUUCUUCCAGGCUUGAAUUCACAUUCUGGGGAACAAAAAUACUUUACCAAGGUCUGAAAUUUGGAAGCUCUUAUUUGCCAGGUUGCUCCAACCCGGGCUGCUCUGUGGUCCCCAGAGGGCUGAGAGGCCGGGGUGUUGUAGGGAGCUCUGCUGGUCCUGGGGUGGGAGACUGCUCAGGAGAGGCUCCGAGUUUGGCCAGGCCUGCUGUGAGGUUCUGCUCCCUUUGAGUUGGGAGGAGAAGUCUGCAGAACUGGGAUCAUCCUCUGGUGGGUCAUGUUGGGAAUUGCCUUCUGCUUGUUGGUUUCCUUUAAUGUCCGUGUGAAAUGUGUCAGGGUGCAGGAAUGGUGUGUGGCCUGCAGGCAUCCCCCUGUUCCUGCUGCUGACCUUGCAGGCUCUCCUGGCUUCACAGUUUGCUCUGGGAGCAUUCUGACCUUCAGGUGGGGAACAAGUACCACCAGGUGAACUCCAAGAGGGAAGGGCCUGUCUGAGCAUCCUUGCUACUGAAGAGAGUGGGAUAGAGGCAGAGCUCUUCAGGAGGUUGUUUCUGUGUGGAUGCAGCAGCCAGGAGGUCAGGAAGUUGUCUCCUGUGUCUCUCAGUGGGCAGUUGUUGUGUUUGGCUUGCAGGAUGGACUUGGUGUCUUGCACCUGGGUCAAAUUGAGAUGGAGCUGAACUUCUCUUUCUGUCCAAGCUCUCUGUCUGUGCUAAGGAAACUGCUGUGGGUGGGUUUGAAGUGUGCAAUCUGCAAAACUUUCUGUGAAAGCUGACUAUGGGCUCAGGUUUUGUCUAACUCAGUUGUUCCUUCAUUGCUGGUUAAGCCAGUUUAACUUUGAGCUGAACUGGUUUAAGCAUCCACACAAACCACCUGCACUGGUUUAUCUGUGCUUGCUGGGCAGAAAUUACGUCCAGCAGCAGCUCAGGGAGUCAUGACCCUUAUGUGACUUUUGCAAAUGAAUUUGCAGCAGAUGCUCACAGAACUUGGAAAUUACUGAAAAUUGAGGGGAGACACUUCUGGCAAUGACUUGAGCUCUAAAUGGUGGCAUUGGAGUGUUCACUGGUGUGGCUCAGGUGGGUUGGGUGGCUUUUCUCCAACUGUCUGCAAUAACCCAGAAGGUUUAGCAUGGGAAGGAAUUACCAAAAAUGUUUGUGCUGGUGGCUGAGUCUGCUCAGAGGUGCCAGUUCCACUCUGGCCGUGGCGAGCACAGGACAGGGGACUGGAACCUCCUGCUGCUCCCACAGUGCCCUGGGCAUUUCUAGGCAGCACCGUGUUACUGAUGAAUCAAAAGACAUUAAAAGAGCAGCCAGGAAGGUGCUCCAAGGCUGGGAGUGCUGCUUUGUGCUGAGGAGAGGCUUGGAUCUCUGCACCUCUUGGCUGAGAGAGAGGCAGGAGCUCCUGUGAGCAUUCACACAGGAAAGGACAAGCUGUUCCCUGUGGAGUAAUUAGGAGUAAUGGGAGAAAAAUAAAAAAUACACUAAAGGCAGAUUCUGGGAAAUCUCUUCAGGGAGGAGAGCUCUGUUCCUCUGGGAGGAGUCUGUGAGGGGAAUGUGUUUUGAGCCCUGCUGUUGAAGACAAGGCUGCAGAGUGGAGCUCACUCCAUGAGACACAUGGCUGGACCUUGCCAGGAAAAAAGGAACUGGGUGUAGGGGUGGGAAGUGCCGGGUUCCUGCCCAGAGCCCUCCAGGAGGGUUCACAGAACCUUCUCCUCCCCAUCCUCCCACUCAUCACCAGCACCAAGCCCUUGCCAGCUCUCAGUGCAUCCAUCAGCCAGGUUCCAUCAGGGAGGGAGGCAGCGGAGGGGCAGCUGCCAGUCGAGGAGCAAAUGUCCUGUCAGAUCAGUGUGGGGGAGGGUGUUCAAUGUCUGGCUGCUUCUGCGGAGUUUUUCUGUGCUACACCAUGGUCUGGGAUCCGUGGGAUCCCCUGGGAAUGCCAGAACCACCGGCUGGGCCCCGUGUCCCGUGUCAGACCUGGCCCUGGCCCUGUAGCAAUAAGAGCUCCCUGUGCGUGGGACCUGUCCCCUCACAGCUCUGUCACCUCCCUGGGGCUUCUGGAAGUGUCCCCGAGCAAACCCUGAGCCCAGCUGAGCUCGGGGGACAGGCCUGGGACAGUCUGCUUAUGCUAGGCCAGAAAUGGUGAACCAAUGAGAGUGGGUUGCCCUGAAAUUUAGUUUUAUCUAUUGAAUGUUUGUGGGAUUUCUGUUUAAUUUCAGGUUUAUUUUAGCUGCUUAGAUGAGGUUUUUUUCCUGUUAGGAGUCCUUUGUUUGUAACUCGACAGGAGAGUUUUGCUGACAUAGACAACGGUGUACCCAUAGACCCUGAGGGGUUCCUCAUGCAUAGGCAGCUGAGUUGGAAGUUUUGGCUCCUGAAACAAGGAAUGAUGCCUGGCAGGAUUUUCUGUAGUAUCCCUGACAGUGGGACCCAGAUGAGCAGCUCAGGCUUAAAGAUGGGAAUAUCAUAGGCUGGAGUUGAUGAGCACAGACACAUCCAACCCUUUCUUUUUACAACCAAAGUUCCCGAAAAAGGCACUUCCAGCCUCACUGGCCUCGAAUCCUUGUUCUCACUCCCGGGGGUUCUCAUGGCAGUCUCUGCAGUGUCUGUGGAUAGGCUGGGAUUGGUUUUUCAAGUGGGUUCGGGGGUGGGAGAAGGAGUAACUUUUCCCUUUGCUGUGUAGAAGGACCUUCCCCCUCAAGGAAGGAGACGUGCUCUGGAAGGAGCAACAGCUUUAGGAGCUGUUUUCCAUGGUCCCUUGAAGCUCACUGGUACUUUAACACUCCUUUUUUUGAAUUCUUCCAAGGAAAGCUGGUAGCAGAUGACCUGCACAGUGGUGGCAGGUGGCAGCCCAGGCUGUCAGGGGGGAACACUCUGCCCAGGCCGUGAGGAUUGUGGUCCACGCCGUAGCCAGACAGUGUCAUGGUGACAACCAAACAUCAGGAGAUCCUUGUUUGCAGCCACUCUGAAAAGAGAAGCUGUUCCUCGCUCGUACGUUCCAUUUCCCAAACCUCCUCCUGGGAGCUGAAUUCUUGUUUCAUCAAGCAAAGGAUUUAAUGUUCUCCUGCCCCUCCUGGCCCUCCCUGCCCUCAGUAACUCGUGUGCAUUUCCUUCCUUUCUGUAGAUGCAGAUGUUCUAGGCAAUACCACAGAGCACCCGCGCUGCGAGUGCGACCAUGUCAUCUUAAAAAAUACAAAAAAAAUAUACAAAAAAUAUACAAAAAAUAUCUUUUUUAGGCCAGAGUUUUCUACAGGUAUUAAUGAAUAUUUUUCUUAAUCCUUAUAAGUUUUAUGUGUUUAAUAUUUCUUAAUACCGGUAGCAUUAAUUUAUACUUUUGUAGCAACACAAUAUUUUUAUAAACCGCCACCGCUGGCUUUGUCUUCAUAACGGGAAGCGUGUGGGCAGCUGGCCCCGCGCUGUACCAUGUACUGUAUUUAAAAGGUUAUCUAAUGUCACACUUGCUGUGUUAAUAAACAAAACAAAACCUG